AUGCCUGUGGCUGUUGACCGGACGCGUGCUAUGACUGCGUCUGUCGUCCCUGAUUCUCCUCUAAAGCCUACUCAGGACGCUCCGAAUAACGAUGCGCAAACCCCGAACCCUCGCAAGCGGAGAAAGGCCAAGGGGAAAGAGGUCGAGGAGCUAGAGGAAGAAGCCUGGUCGUGGAAGUCUUUGACGGACUCGUCUGCAAGUCGGGUUCCGCCCAUCUUCACGAGGGAUGGAAGUUACUUUUUUUCGGCGGCCGGACCUUCAGUGAAGAUCCAUUCUGUUGCGACUGGGGAGGUUGUCUCUACCCUGACGCCGCCUCCAAACAGCGUGUCGGGUGGUGCGGGAACCUCGCAGCAUACGGACACCGUCACCGCGGCGAUCCUCAGUCCACAUAACCCGUUCCAGCUGAUCACCGGUUCUCAAGACGGCUACAUCCGCACAUGGGACUUCCUCGAUGCAUCGCUCCUUCAGACCAUCAGCAUAUCUCACCCUAUUUUUCACCUCGCCGCACACGAAAAGUUCCGGGAAUAUGUAUUUGUCGCCACCGCUCGGUCGACUAAAAAGAAGACCAAAGGGGGAGUUGCGACCGCAGAGGACAACGUUACUGUCUCGCGCGUUUCAUUGAUUCCCAAAGCCGAUAGCACCACGUCGGCCGUCCACAGUUCCUCGGAGAUCAUCAAUGUCGGGAAGACGAGGUUGACGAGUGGCCUUGCCGUAUCUCCGAGCGGAGCUUGGCUGGUUGCGACUGCUGGCCACAAGGCGUAUGUGUGUCAAACGGGAGACUUGAAAGCAGGCUUCACGAAGUUCGUGUCUCCCGAACGGUUGACCUGCUUAGCGUUCCACCCGUCUGAGGAGUACUUUGCCACUGGGGACGCCACUGGAUGCAUACGGCUCUGGUACUGCCUGAACGAGUCUGCUACGACAAAGACUCCCGGAGUCGAGAAGACUGCUCAAACGACCACUCUGCACUGGCACGCUCACGCAGUCACUUCGCUGAGCUUCACGGCGAACGGCGCGUACUUGCUCAGUGGUGGCGAGGAAGCCGUCCUUGUCAUCUGGCAGCUACACACCGGUAAAAAGGAGUACGUGCCUCGCGUUGGUUCCCCAAUCCUACAUAUCGCACUACUCAGCACUGGUGGAGAGGAAGAGUACCUACUCAGCCUCGCCGAUGCCUCCUUCGUCUUCAUCCGCGCUUCCUCCCUUAAAAUCUCAAGGUCAAUAGCUCGCAUAAAGCUAGAUCCCGCAAUAUCCUAUGAUCGGCCAUCCACCUCUAGUUCCGUCCCACUUGCCGUUCACCCGCUUUCCUCCACUCUCAUCCUUCCUUCCUCCCAUCCAUCCUCCCUGCAAACUUUUGCGCCUUCGUCGUCAAAAUUGGUGUCCGAGCUCGAGGUAUCGCCAUCAAACCGCGUCUCAAGACGAGAUGAUAAGCCAUUACAACCCGCUCGUGUGGAGCGUGUUGUCCUUUCUGACUCAGGAGACUGGAUGGCGACAGUAGACACGCGAGAAGCAGAGGACCCACCUCGCCCUGAGGUGUAUAUGAAGAUUUGGCAGUGGGAUCGCAAGUCUGGUUUUUGGAUAUUGAAUACCCGAAUCGACCGUCCGCACGGGCCAACGCGGCUGUCCGGUAUCGCGUUCAGGCCAGGUUUACGUAGCCAGGAGGAUCUUCUGCUUGCGACGGUCGGUGCAGACGGGAACAUCAAGACAUGGAGGAUACGUUCCGUGAAAACGAAGUCGGAAGGCGUCGAGGAGUUUUGGGUCGCCCGUUCAUCUUUGCGCUUCCGUGCGGAGAUUCCUUCCGAUGUGUCAUGGUCACCCGAUGGUUCGUUGCUCGCCGUGUCGGUUGGCUCCCAUGUGGCUAUCUACGAGCCGGAUUCGAACACACUGUGUCAGGUACUCACUUGUCCAGAUUGUCCGUCGGCUUCAACCUUGCAAUUUCUUGGGGCGAGCGGUCGUUACCUCCUUGUCAACGGCCCACAGGAUGUUCUACUAUGGGACCUGGUCUCUCAGACGCUCCGCUGGCGACACCGUAGUCCCAUAGCGAUCAAUCAAGUGAUUGCUCAUCCUACCGAAGAGCAGUUUGCCAUCCUUGAGCGCGUUCAGUCAACAACAGCAGACGCACCGUCCACCCGAGUAUCGAUAUUCCAGACUGGCUCGUCUGUCCCCGUUGCCAUUCGAACACUGCCAUUCCGACUACGCAGCACCAUCUCCGUUCCGCCGACAGGAUCUCUACCCACAGAUCCGUCUGGCUUCGCUCUGGUAGGUAUCACUGAGGCGUGGAGCGUCGUCGUAUUUGGGGACGACAUCCAGUUGCCGGAAGAGGAAGGUGCCUCUGCGCACGGCAUUACUCAGGACGCUUCAGUCAGAAAACGCACUCUGUUCCACGAUAUCUUCGGCGUCUCGGCCUUUGCGGAUCUCACUUCUAUUCCUGGUCCAUCUACUGCGCCUAUACCUACGCAUGCCUGGGAUGGAAAGGAAGCUGUGGAGAUCUUCGACGCUCCUGCGCAUCUCCUGCCGCCUCUGGAGUCCCUAUUCGACUCCGUCAUGGACAGCUUCCUUGCUGCGCGACCCGGGGAAGACGAAGAAGAACCUGAGCAGCAACGGGAGGACGAGAUGGACGUCGAUGAGCCUGCGGAUGAGGACGAUCGGCCUGCGAAGGGUGGCGCUCCCCUCGAUCGCGUUGUGGACAGGCAGGAGAUGCACGGGUUCGUGGAGCUGUUCAUGAACUACGCCAUCAAAGCUCCUCCAUCGAGACCGCCGCCAGUACAGGCUAACGGGAUACACAAGCCCAACGGGAUACCGCCACACCUCAACGGCCCACGCGCCACGCCCAAAUCGACGCCCAAAGUGAAUCCCAACGGUGCUACCCCUAAUGGCCAUGCAUACACACCCAGUCGUCCACCCCCCGCCGACGCGUCCCCUGCCUCAACAGCCGGUAAGAAGCGGAAAAAGUCUCUCGGCUGAAAUUCUAUGUGAAUCAUGUCAAUAUGUCAUCUGUGACGCUCGGCGGUGUGAACGAAGGGUUGAUGGCGUUGGAAGAGUCGUGUAAUCAUCUGCAUCUUGAGUCGCAUAUAUAGCGAUUCCUCCGCACUCAUCAAGUAUUCUAUAUCUGCAUCGAUAGCCGUCAUGUGUUGGUGUUGUUUGAUACGCAACAAGCAUCCUAUCUCUUU